AUAGUUAGGGGGGAGCUGCUUUGCGUCCUCUGACGUCUUUAGUUCCAACACGAGGCGUAGUGCAUCGAAUUUUGGCUUCAACACAUCCUUGGAUCAUCUCGGACAGAAAAGAUGAGAGCCCGCAUAUCUCCAGCAGAGUUACACUUGGUGGUCAAAAUCGGACAGGCUCAGGAAGUGCGUCGAUUGUUGGCAGCCGGCGGCGAUCCCGACUCCAUCUAUAGAGGACUAACUUUGCUAGGAACGGCCGUCUCGUCUCAGGAUAGAGCUAUGGCUCAAGUGCUUUUAAGCGCAGGCGCAGACGCUAGUGUCGCGAGCCAUGGGCCGAAUGGCCGGCUCGAACCACCACUCUACACCGCUUGCAGGCUGAAAGACGACGAAUUGGCGGAAAUGCUCAUCCGAGCCGGUGCAGACUUGAAUGCGAGCGACUUCUAUGGGCACACCCCUCUAUGGGUGGCUACAAAAGGCCAAAGGCCGUUACUCGUCGCAAAGUUAUUAGCUGCUGGUUCGAGACUCGGUUCCACCGAGGAUUACUCAUGGAGCCAAUGCCCCUUGUAUUUAGCGACCAAAUACCUUGGAUACAGAGGUAGGCAUCAGUUGGCCAUGUUUCUAAUGGCGGCAGGCGCCGACCCCACGCGAAUGGAUUCUAAAGGAAGAAGCGCCAUUUACUGGAGUUUACGAAACAGAGACCACGAUCUUUUCGUAUUUAUGAUCGAUUCAUAUAAUCCUCGUUGCUGGGAUUCUAUGCUUCAACGGCGAGUAGAAGAAUUGCUUUCCGAACUACCAGACACGCAUUUGAAGAUACUCCAGAAGCAAUGGUACAAUCCGCCAAGUUUGGCCAAACAAUGCCGUCUUGUGAUUCGUCUACACCUAUUGCAAAAAUUCAACUAUCGGUCGCUGUUCCUACUCGUUCCCCGACUUCCAUUGCCCGUUGUCAUUCAGCGAUUCCUUCUACUGGAUCAAGAACUACCCGAUGAAGAAACAACCCCUUGCUUUAUGAAAGAUAUUAGUAUCAAAACUUAAUAGAGAUCAGUGUUAGUGAUUUUUAGAAAAAUCCAAUUCCAAAGUGUCGAAAGCCAAUGCAAUAUUUUGUACGAACACUGCCAAUGAAAUACAAAAUUUACCAUUUUUCUCGCGA